AUGAAACUCAUUUCACCAGUCAAGCCCAUGAGCAAACAGCGCGGCAACAUCAUCACCGCCAGGAUCGUCCCCAUAUUCCUGCUCGGCAUUAUAGGAUACUGCUCCUAUGUCAUCACCAAACAUGUCUGCAUCGACUAUCUCCUGCGCCCACAUCUUUCCCUUCCUACUCUACUUCAUCCAGACACCGGUGCCGCCAUCGCGAUACUUACCGUAUACUAUUUGACACUUUUAAUGACCCUCAUUUGUUUUGGUCGCAUGAUCCAGACCAUCUUUACGAACCCCGGUGUUAUUCCUCGAGGACCGCAGUAUUACGUCGAGAAGGAGCGGACGCAAAGGGAAGGGAGUGAAAGCCACGAUAAAAACAAAGAAGGCUUCGAAUAUGGUUCCACGGCGCGAUCCACUCCUCAGAAUAUUCCACGACCCCGGUCAAACGAGUCAAAUAUCCGCCCAGAGGAGUUUUGGCACAAAGACGUCUUCGUCUGUGGCUGGGAUGGCCGGCCUCCGUUCUGCUCGACAUGCUACAACUACAAACCCGACCGCGCCCACCACUGCAGUGAACUCGGUCGCUGUGUCGUCAAGAUGGAUCAUUUCUGUCCCUGGGUCGGUGGAAUCGUCUCGGAGACGUCCUUCAAGUUCUUCAUCCAGUUCACCGGCUGGGGCGCUGUCUAUUGUUUCAGUCCGCUGGUCUUCAUGGCAUACUUCUUCGCGAAGCGGAGACGAGAGGAGGAUUUCAUCAACGUGCAUUGGAUCCUGGUUUUGGUUUUUGGGGCGCUGUUUUUCCUUUUCAAUGCAGGCAUGUGUGGCUCAAGCUUGCAGUUUGCUUUUAUCAAUUCCACAACCAUCGAGAACUUCACGCGGAAAACAAAGAUCUGGUAUCUAGCGGUAUAUAUGCCACCAGCCGUCCUGGACAAAUAUAAUGCCUCCGGACGGAGUGAUCUGAGGCUGAUCAGUUAUCCUCGUCCUGCUUCCGAGCAAUUCGAACUCCUCACGCAGAACGGUGCAAAAUUCAACGACAGCCAACAGAGUAUUGUCAGAGAGGGUUGGGAUACACAAGGCCCAUCUCCCCCCUCGAACACAUACGAUCCUCAAUCAACACCUACCUUCCCACCACACCCAGCCGUCGCGAGGAACACACCACCCCCCUCACGUGGUAACGCCUCGUCGGCAGCGGCAUCUCCACCCCGAUCCGCGCCGCACACACUAUCAUUUCAGAAAGACGCCCUCCGCACCUUUGCCAUCCUCGAAACCGACCCUGGCGCCAACCCGUUUGAUCUCGGCAACUUCGGCAAUUUCAAACAGGUCAUGGGAACCAACUUCUUCGACUGGAUCUUCCCACUCCGUCCCUCGCCACUGACCGACCACUCCGACCCCACGAGUUUCUACAAGAUGGGAGCCGUCGUGCAGAAGCUAAAGCGCAAGGCGGGCAUUCUGGAGGGUGAACUCGGGCUGGACGAGAAGGCCGGCGAAAGCAGGCAUCGGAGACGGCAUCACCGGCGGAGGAGGAGCAAGAGGACAAGUCAAACUGCUUCGAUGAGGAGUAGGCCUGAGGAUAGGUCGUGA